AUGUAUAAAUUAAAUACAAUACAAGGGCAUUAAUUUUUCAAUUUUCAGGCUCCCUUGAAUUACUUUUCAAAAAGGAAGCUCUUUCAACUGGCCAAUGAGAUUAAACCAAGAAAAAGGGAUUCUCGAGGAAAAAUAGUUAUUUCUUCAUCUCUUCCAAAAGGUUUUUGGUUCAGAGAUUACGAUGCAGCGAGAACAGUCAGUAAAAUGUGGAAGGAAAGUCGUCCCAACAAUCACAGAAUACAGAAUCCCAUAUAUUUCAAGAGAGGAGACAUGCAAGAAUAUUUACAAAAUUAUACCAUAAGAGCAUGCACUCCCCAUCCAUCUAGAAAGUGGAGAAAAUAUCGUAAUUUAUUAUUGGAGAAUAAUCAUCGUAUAAGAGAGUAAAUAAAAUAAAAAUUUUAAGAGACUCCUAACUUACUGCUUCCUAAUAGCUAACUUUCACCCCCCAAGAGCAAGCGUAGCUCAUUCAUGAACUCACACCAACAACAAUGCUUGCUUGAAAUUCGCACAAGUCAGCAUUUAAAAUUGAAACAUAUAAGUAGACAACCCUCCAAUAGGAAGGAUGACAGCAUGAGAUCUUUGGAUAGGCAUUUCCAAGAUAUCAAUUGUGCUCAAAGCAAUUUCAAUCAUUCCUUUGUUCAAGAUAAGUUCAUGUCAUCCAAUCAAAUCACUCCCAGAAAUAGAUUCUUCAAAGACUCCUUCAGGUUAUAUGGAAUAGAUGCUUAAGUACAGGCACCAAAAAAUAAAUUGAUUUUUACUGACUCAGUUCAAUUGGUGGAAUCGUAGGAGACUAGAUGUGAUAAAAUUGAAGGAAUUUAAAGUGAUCGCGAGAAAUCAAGCCAAAAGUAGAGCACUUUACUAAAUUUAAUUAACAAACAAAGAAAAAAGAAUCUACAAGCGAAAAUAGUCUCUCCAAAGAACCCCAAAUUAAACAAUUCAAAUUCAAAAGAUAACAGGAUUGUCAACAUCUAUUUUCCAUCUCUUAAAAAAAUCAAUGUAAGAGAUCAUUCUUGA